AUGGCGCUGGCCACGCCUUCAUCCUCUUCGCUGGUUUCUUUCUGCCCCCUCAGAACUCACUCGGCAGGCCCAUCUCUUUGUUUUGCGAGUCUGCGGUUGCCCUCCCGGCGGAACAGUCGGGAUGUGGAAGCUUCUUGGAGUGGCGGCGCUCACCGGCUCUCGAGCACAGCAGGCGCCGCGGAGAGGUGGAGAUUGGGGGUCUCCUUCUUCACCUCCUUGAACAGCAAGAAGAGGGGAAACCCUGAGGAGAUAAAGGAGGAACUCCUCGAGGCAAUCGCUCCCCUCGAUCGUGGCGCAGAAGCCACUGAAGAGGACAGGGAGCGGAUCGACCAGGUAUGGCUUGCGGUUCCCACAUCUGUGGCGAGUUGGGCUUUGAUUCUCUCCCUCUCUCUCCCUCUCUCUCUCUAUCUCUCUCUAUCUCUCUACAUAUAUAUAUAUAUAUAUAUAUAUAUAUAUAUCUUUUGUUGAUCGUGUAUGUGAACAUUGAUAUAAACUUGGGUUAUGCUAUGAAUGGGACGAAACCACUGAUGAACAAAGUGCACGGAAUCAUGUUUGGCCAGGAAACAGUGUUGGAAUUAGUGAUGAUGAGAAAAUUAGCUGCUACCUUCAGGUUUUCCCGUUUAUACCCCAAACCUAGAUUGUUGUCAUAAGAGCAGGCAGAGUCUACAAUUGGAUAUAGUGAGCUUGCUAGCUCCAGGGUGAUUGUUGUUCUCAUUGUGAGUCUAGUGGCUCUUCUAACUUCUGUUAUGUAUGAGUCUUCAAGGUUUGAUAAAAUGCUGAAAAAUGAUACAACCCUCUUGGGAAGGUUAUUCACAUGGAAAGAUCAGUGGAUGAUGGAUGCGAUAUUUUAUAUAUUCUCAAAGUCCAUUAAACAUUUUUCUAACGUUAUGCCAGAUUUCAUCAUCAGAUUGCACAGAAACUGGAAGCAGUUAACUCAGUAAAAGAGCCAUUCAAGUCUGGUUUGCUGGAUGGAAAAUGGGAGCUUAUAUACACUACUUCAAGAUCAAUUUUGGCGACCAAGGUGUGGUGAAUAGAAGUAGCCUCUAAUGGCCCAGCUUUAUUUUAUUAAUAUUCGGCACUAAUUCAUUAUAUCAACUUCAUGCUCAUUGCUACCUCCUGUUUUAUAUUUUAUUAUUAUAUACUUGUUUUAUGCUGUUUUUGCGUUUUUGAAUGUUGCGGUUUUAUUAAAUCUCAAAUUCACAGAAAUCUACUUGUUUUUCUGAGUAAAUUUAUUUUAGUCAUGAACCGUUGUCCAAACAACAUCAUUUAGAAUUAGUGAUGUCAUUUUGAAUCAUCAUUCAUACUGAAGGGGAAAGGUGCUGUGAAUGUGAAGUGACUCUAUUCAAGAGUGCUUUCAAAAUUGUCAUGGACCAGCAAUGGUGCUGCUGCUGAGAGUUAUUGAAAGUAUUUUUAUUUUUAUUUUUUUAUGGACUUUCAAUAAGGCUUCUUUGACGCCAUUUCCUGACACAAUCUUCUGUUGGACGCUGGUUUCGAUGAGAGAAGCAGUGUAGUAACUGUAUUUGGUUUGACAAGGUUGAGCCCUAUUUUUGAUGUGGCAUGUGUUUGUGCCAACUUCACAUUGAAGAUAACAUAUGCUUUUGAGAAAUUCAUUUGUUCACAAUUAUUGUAAAAAAAUUGAUAUAUUUCAGCAAAAAUAUUUUAUUUUUAUGUAAUUUUCCUGAUAGAACCUUGCUGUGUCAUGGCAGAGGCCAAAGAUUUUACGUCCAAAUGGGAAGAUCUACCAGUCUAUCAACUGUGACACGCUUAGAGCCCAGAACAUGGAGACAUGGCCGUUUUUUAAUCAGGUACUGAGUCCAAUGUGAGAUUACCUUAUGAUGGCUUUGUAAAAUUCCGGCGCUAUUAGAUUUGACUAGAAAUCCCAACUGUUCCUAUAAAUAGUGGGCUGGAAUUUCUGCCUUAAAUGACCAUAGAAAGAAGUGAAGACGGUUGGGGUGCCCUAGGGUCUUUAAUAAACCUUACAUACUUUGAGAAACAUUCAAAAUAGACAGUUAAAAUUGGAUCUAAUGGCCUACGAAAAAUCAGCCAAAGAAAUCCGUAUUACACUAUUCGUCAAGUCCAGCCAUGUGCUUCUUUUGAGGGUAGACCUUGACUGGUGCAUGGUUGACUCCAUUGUCCUCAUCAGAAUGUUUUUUGAACAUUUGAAAUAAUGUAUCUAAUAAACAGGCGUUCGGGGUUCAUUAUUUAAAUUUAGAUCAAUCUCACAGAAUACAAUUAAUAGUUCCUAUUUCUAUAAAUAAUAAAUAACUUUGAUUGAUUAUAAGUACAUGAUACUUUUCCCUGAAAUGUUGAACUUGAAUAAUAUCUCGCCUGAUUUAAAUUUUAUAAUUUAUGUUUAAGUUUUUUAUCCCUAAAACUAAAUAUUAACAUUCCAACAACUAUGGAAAUAUAGAUGUUAUAUUCACUUGUUGGGUAGCCUUCAUCCAAUAUGAGCAGGAGUUCUAAGCAAAUUCCUACAUUCACUUCACUGCCUGCAUGGGCUUCGCCCAAUUUAUGCAAGAUAUUUAACUCAUUUUUCAUUAAAUAUUUGUACCAUAACUACAAUUUAUGAAAUGAUAUUUAACUCUUUUUUCAUUAAAGAUUUUUAUAAUAUUUAGGUUUGGGGCAAAGGAAAGUCAUUUUAAACAAGAAAAAAAUUAAAUAAAAAGAUAAUAUCCCCAGGGUGAAAACUAAGAUCAAGAAGUCUCACUUGUUUAUCUACCUUCUUCUCUGAAAUAUGCUAUAUGAUAUGCAUAUAUCUUUGUGUAUAUUAGAGCUUAAACUUUCCAGCGCAAGUUCUUUUCCAGAUUGAAGCAGUGCUUUGGCGUCUUUCUUUUUAUGAUUCAUAACUAUAUACAUUUCUAUUUUCAGUUCUCCAUGAGAUAUUUCCUGGAUCAUUCAAAUAAGAUCUUCCAUUUUAUUUUGACCAGAGCCAGGGGUUCUUAUCUUCAUAAUUAUUUUCCUAGGUAACUGCCAAUUUGGUACCUCUGAACGCAAGAAGGGUGGCUGUUAAAUUUGAUACAUUCAAAAUUCUUGGUUUGGUAAGUGAUUACAGCUUCUGAUCAAUUAUUCACACUGCUGCAAGAUUAAAUCAGCAUGGUAUCAUCAUUAGAUAUUUUCACAACCACCAAUAUGCAGCAAACUUAUGAUGUUAGUCGAGGGUUUUAUUUCCUUUCAUUUUGUCAAAAUGUCUUCCUCAUAAUCCAUCUGAUUGGGCAACUUUUUCUCAUUUCACAAGAAACUAUGUAGAUAACAGAGUACGACAUGCUGAGGAUUGCAAAGGCUACGUACAUUUAAGUGUUACUUUUCUGAGAGAUUAGGAUAUUAUUGGGGUUUCUAGUGUGGUGUUCUUGUACUUACUGUAGAGAAAUAAAGUUGAAUGAUCAUCAACGAAUUAUGAGUUAUACGACUGGAACUAUCUCUGAUGUCAGGCGUAGCUCUGCAUGCAAACCAAGAACUCCUUUUUUCUCAUAAAAACUAAUUUCUGAAAUUAAAGGUAAAUCUUAUUUUCAGAAAAGAGUGUGUGGUUUAUACUUCAAAUUGAUCAAUCAAUCAGCAGUUUACACAUAAUCUAUCGUUAUCACCGUUUGAUUUUUCGAUCAGAUAUGACACUCUUGGAGUCAUCUAGCUUUGGAUAAUCGAUUAUACAUGGUGGGCAUUUAUUUGGGGGGUAUCCACCAUUUUGCAAUGCAAAGCUUUAUCGAUUUGCACAUUUUUUUUUGGUAAUCUAGAUGUCUAACCAGUAAAGCCCAUGAUUUUUCACACAUGUUUGUGUGGAAUGUAAUCAUCAGUGGAGAAUUUAAAUUUAGCCCUCUUAGAGAUUUUUCAUUCACCUGUUUUGUAUACCAUGGAUAUUUUUGGUGCUGCUCACUCCGACUUUGGUGACGGUGAGAUGCAUAGAAAGACACCCCAUUUAUUGAUCAUGCAUGAUAGUUAUAGCUUUGCUCAUUGAUCAUCUACAAUACACGUACCGCAAUUUGAUUUAAUAUUUUUUUUCUAUGAAUAGAUGCAGAGCUUUAUCAUAUAUUUGGAAUUAUCUCUCGUAAAUCUUCUCUUAAUGAGAAUUGUCUCGCUUUCAUCAUCUGUGUUUAGAUACCCAUAAAAGCACCAGGACGAGCUCGUGGAGAGCUGGAAAUCACAUAUGUCGAUGAAGAAAUAAGGUGACUAAUCACGACUGAUCAUCACAUUGUUCUAAUAUAUAUCCGAGAGUCAACUCUUUUGAUUAUUUCUUGUUAUGUCUUUUCUACACUCGAAUGGGUUAUCUGUAAGAGAGCAUUCAGACUCUUAUUCCUACCUGUGAGGGAUUGAGAGACUGUCAUGGAGCCCGUAAUGUGGACGAACUGAUGAACUGGAUUAACCAGAUUAAUUUCUCAUUGAAUUUAUCUUUUCCCAGACAUUUAUUGGGACUAUUCUGCGUCACCUCCUCUUUUUUUUCCCCAAGAAGGCUGGAGUUAUUCACGCCUUUGUGCCUUUAAGGUUUGGAAAAUAUGGCCACCGUUUGAUAGUCAACAGUAAUUCUUGGCGUUGACCUUUUUUAUUUUUAUAAAGGCUAGUCAUGAGCAUGGUCAAGGGACAUGAUUUCCUGAAGAGGUCAAAGAGAGCAUCAUAAAUCACCAUGGGCACAUUAAACCGUCUCCUUAACAGUUGACCUUGGAAAUUCUUGAUCUUCCUCUAAUAUUUUUGUGAUUUUACCGAAAGGAUAUACAUAAAGAAUGACUAACUAUGUUGCAACGAUCUGUAGAAAGUGCAGUCAACAAUUUUAGUGGUCAAAACGACGUGGUCAACUCUCCCUUUGUUCAUACAUCAGUCUCUCUCUUUCUCUCUCUCUCUCUCACUCUCUCUCCUACUUGUGGAAGCUUGCUGGUGCUGACCCUGGUUAUUCUCCGGGCCUGCAGGGUCUCCAGAGGUGAUAGAGGCAACCUGUUCAUCUUGACAAUGGUGGACCGGUCCUACAGAGUCCCUACCUAA